GUGUAAUACUGUAUUUUAAAAAGUACAUUUAUUGAAAAAUUGAAUCCAAAAUUAUUGUGAUUUGCAAUUAAAUAAAUAAUCAUGCAUACUAUGAUACAUAAACGCUGAUUUUAUACAUAUAUCAGUGACUCAGUGAUUACAGGUGUAUAGAAAAAUGCAGUAACUACAGAUACAAAAAGACGGGACAUAUUGUUUUCGGGGUCCCAACUACCCCCAGGUGAAGUGGACGUCUGCAAUCGAUAAGGUGUCGAGUAGUUUCCGCUACUUGUGUAUAAAUGGCGCAAUGAUGCAAUGCGAAGAUACUAGGACAAAGCAGAUAGCGCUGGUUCUCAAGGCACAAAUUCAAGUCUUGUUAAAUUUGCCAGUAAAAGUAGCUAGCUGCGGCGACAUAGGGGAACGACAUUGGCUGAUCAGGCACCGUUAUCAACCCCAGAGCAAAGUGAAACCUCCUCAGUCUUACAGUGACCGUCGAGGGGUGUUGAUCUACUUGUUAAACAUACAUAUAUCCAUAUUUGAUCUUCUGCGUUAAUUUAAUUUGCUGUAUUUAUCUUCUUAGCUUAUUGAAUAAACUCAUUAAGAGCA